AUGUCACAGAAUAACAAGAAUGAGAGAGAGAGGAAGGACAGCCGCCCUGCGGCACGAGGGAGACAAGAUGGCGGAGGAGCGGGAGUGAAAGCCGCAGCAGUGGCUGCACGGCUAGAACAAUUUUCUUGUGUGGACCCGGCCAGCACCGCAAUUGCAAAGGCACCAGUUGCAGCAGCAAUCGAACCUGCACAGCAAGGAAGUUUUUUGAAAUUGAGACAAUUUUUCUUUCUUUAUCAUUUAAAGGAGCUAGACACCAACCUGGCUGCCUUAACAGCUGCCUUCGAAAAAGCCACUGCAGAGAAAAUCCGCUGUCAAGAAGAAGUGAAUAGAACUAACAAGACCAUUGAGCUGGCCAACAGAUUAGUGAAAGGUCUGGAGUCAGAAAACGUCCGAUGGGCUCAGUCUGUUGCUUUAUACCGUAAACAAGAGCAAACACUAUGCGGAGAUGUCCUGCUCACAGCAGCCUUCAUCUCUUACGCCGGCUCAUUCGCCAAGAAGUAUCGUCAUGAACUUGUAGAGCAUUUGUGGAUGCCAUACCUUCUAACUCAAAAAGUUCCUAUUCCAAUGACAGAAGGACUCGAUCCCAUAUGUAUGUUGGCCGAUGAUGCAACGAUUGCAAAAUGGAACAAUGAGGGAUUGCCCAGUGAUAAAAUAUCUAUUCAGAAUGGUACCAUAUUGUCAAACUGUGAACGAUGGCCACUUAUGAUUGACCCUCAACUUCAAGGCAUCAAGUGGAUUAAAAGCAGAUAUGGGUCUAGGUUGAAAGUCAUUCAUCUAGGCCAGAAGGGAUAUGUGGAUGUCAUAGAACAAGCAGUUGUGAGUGGUGACCCAGUUCUGAUCGAAAAUUUGGAAGAAUCUAUGGACCCAGUGCUCGACCCAUUACUUGGGAGACAUACACUUAAAAGAGGAAGAUACAUCCGAAUUGGGGAUAAAGAAUGUAAAUUCCAUCCAAAAUUUAGACUUAUUCUUCACACAAAGCUUGCAAAUCCCCAUUACAAACCAGAAAUACAGGCCCAAACAACAUUGAUCAACUUCACAGUAACCAGAGAUGGCUUGGAAGACCAGCUCCUGGCUGAUGUGAUGAAUCUUGAGAGACCAGACUUGGAACAUUUCAAGUCGGAGCUCACAAAGCAACAGAAUUAUUUUAAAAUUGAGUUGAAAAUGCUUGAGGAUGAAUUACUGACACGCCUAUCAGCAGCAGAAAGUAAUUUCCUGGGGGACACACUGCUGGUGGAAAAACUGGAAACAACAAAACACACGGCAGCCGAGAUUGAAAUGAAGGUAUUAGAAGCCAAAGUCAAUGAAGUGAAGAUCAAUGAAGCUCGGGAGCACUAUCGUCCUGUGGCAUCAAGAGCCUCCCUCCUGUACUUCAUCAUGAAUGAUUUAAAGAAAAUCAACCCGAUGUAUCAGUUCUCACUUAAGGCUUUUAAUAUCGUGUUUCACAAGGCUGUGCAGCAAGCAGAACCAUCUGAUGAUGUCCGAUUCAGAGUGAAUAACCUCAUUGACUGUGUGACAUACUCCACAUUUAUAUACAUCAGCAGAGGACUGUUUGAAAGAGAUAAAAUAACCUUCACGGCCCAGUUAGCUUUCCAGCUUUUGAUAAUGAAUAAAGAAAUUUCUAAUCAAGAACUUGAUUUCUUACUUCGUUUCAACAUUGACCAUAUCUAUAAUAGCCCACUGGACUUUCUUUCAAAUUCAGCAUGGAGCGCAAUUAAGACAAUGAGCUUCAUGGAUGAAUUUCGAGGGCUGGACAGAGACAUUGAGGGAUCUCCAAAACGGUGGAAAAGAGUGAUUGAAUCUGAAUGCCCAGAAAGAGAACGUCUACCUCAAGAAUGGAAAAACAAGAGUUCCCUCCAGAAAAUGAUAAUUAUGCGUGCACUGAGACCUGACCGGAUGACCUACGCUAUCAGAAACUUUGUUGAAGAGAAGCUUGGAUCCAUAUAUGUGGAACGACGUAAAACAGACUUUGCAAAAUGCUUCCAGGAGAGUUGCCCAUCUACUGCUAUUGUCUUCAUCUUGUCUCCAGGAGUUGAUCCGCUGAAAGAUGUAGAGACGUUGGGGGACAGACUUGGAUUUACCAUUGACGCAGGAAAACUUCACAAUAUCUCUCUGGGUCAAGGGCAGGAAGUUAUAGCAGAAAUAGCAAUGGAAAAGGCAUCAAAAGAAGGCCAUUGGGUUAUACUUCAAAAUAUUCACCUAGUGGCCAAAUGGCUAAGUACUUUAGAAAAGCUAUUAGAAAAGUACAGCAAUGAAAGUCACCCUGAUUACCGUGUGUUCAUGAGUGCUGAACCAGCCCCAACACUCAAGGAACACAUCAUCCCACAAGGGAUCCUGGAAAAUGCUAUCAAAAUUACCAAUGAACCUCCAACUGGAAUGCUGGCAAAUCUGCAUGCUGCCCUGGAUAACUUUGAUCAGAACAUCCUUGACCAGUGCACCCGUGAACAAGAGUUUAAGAGCAUUUUCUUUUCAUUGUGCUAUUUUCAUGCUUGUGUUGCUGAGCGGCGUAAAUUUGGCCCCCAAGGGUGGAACAGAAAAUAUCCGUUUAACAUUGGAGACCUCACAAUAUCAGUGAAUGUUCUAUACAACUAUCUGGAAGCAAACUCACAGGUGCCAUGGGAGGAUCUUCGAUACCUGUUUGGGGAGAUUAUGUACGGUGGUCACAUCACUGAUGACUGGGACAGACGACUGUGCCGAACAUACUUGGAGGAGUACAUGCAGCCCAAUCAGUUUGAUAGGAAACUCGCCUUAGCGCCUGGAUUUGUGAUACCCUCUAACCUUGACUAUCAAGGCUACCAUAGAUACAUUGAUGAGAUGUUGCCACCUGAGAGCCCUGUCCAUUAUGGCCUCCACCCUAACGCGGAAAUUGAAUUCUUAACUGUGGCUUCAGACAAUCUUUUCCGUACAUUGUUAGAAUUACAGUCACGAGAUUCUAUAAACCGGGAAGGAGCACCUCAGACUGAGGAGGAAAAGGUUAAAGCAUUGCUGGAUGAAAUCCUAGAUAAACUCCCUGAAGGAUAUAAUAUGGCUGAUAUAACCUCCAAGACAGCGGAGCGGACUCCAUACAUCCUUGUGUGCUUUCAGGAAUGCGAAAGGAUGAAUAUUCUCCUUCAUGAAAUCAGACGUUCUCUAAAGGAGUUGGAUCUUGGUCUUAAGGGCGAGUUAGCAAUUUCUUCUGAAAUGGAGCAACUGCAGUCAGCCCUAUUUUUUGAUAAUGUGCCUGACAGUUGGAUGAAGCUGGCUUAUCCAUCAACAUACAACCUGGCUCAGUGGUACAGUGAUCUGCUCCUUCGCUGCCGUGAAUUAGAUGCCUGGACUCAAGAUCUUUGUCUCCCAAGUGUCGUCUGGAUAUCAGGCUUUUUCAACCCCCAGUCCUUCCUCACAGCUGUCAUGCAAAGUUUAGCAAGAAAAAAUGAAUGGCCCCUGGAUAAGAUGCAUCUCACUGUCGAUGUAAUGAAGAAGUGCAAGGAGGAAUUCUCUCAACCAGCCAGGGAAGGUGCAUACAUAUAUGGGCUGCACCUGGAAGGGGCACAGUGGGAUGUGCAGGGAGGACACAUUAUUGAAGCCCGUUUAAAGACUCCCAAUCCCAUGAUGCCGGUGAUUUUUGUGAGAGCUAUUCCUAAUGACAGACAAGACACAAGGAACAUGUACGAGUGCCCCAUUUACAAGACGAAAAUAAGAGGAUCAACCUACGUUUGGGCAUUUCACUUGAAGACCAAAGAAAGACCUUCAAAAUGGAUUCUUGCUGGUGUGGCUUUAUUGUUAAGUGUAAUGUAAAAAUAACCUUAUAAAAGCAUAUAAAAGUGGAGCACGUACAUCUUUUUGCUUGAAUUAGGGAACGGCUCUGGGAUGAUGAGCUAAGUGUACCUGUUUGACCACAGCAUGUUCAAUGCCAAUUAUUAAAUUAUAAAAACUGAGAAAGUUCAGCGUUGAGCUAUACAAUUGUCAGUCUGCGUAUUAUACGCUCACUAUGCAGCUGUUUAAAGGACUAUAAAAAU